AGGAGCGGGCGCUGCUCGGCGCCGAUGGCGGCGAUGGCGGCGGCGGCUCCCCGGGCCCUCCCCGCUCCCUGCCCGCCGCCUGCGACCCCCGCCGCCUCCCUCACCGCCUGCUCGUCCUGGCCCUCAUGUGCUUCCUGGGGUUCGGCAGCUACUUCUGCUACGACAACCCCGCCGCUCUCCAAACGCAGGUUCAGCGGGACAUGAAGGUGAACACAGCCCAGUUCAUGGCACUCUAUGCCUGGUAUUCCUGGCCCAACGUGGUGCUGUGCUUCUUCGGAGGUUUCCUCAUAGACAGAGUGUUUGGGAUCCGGUUGGGCACUGUAAUAUUCAGCAUCUUCGUGUGUGUUGGGCAGGUGGUUUUCGCUCUGGGAGCAUUCUUCAACACGUUCUGGCUGAUGGAAGUGGGCAGGUUCAUAUUUGGGAUCGGUGGCGAGUCCCUGGCGGUGGCUCAGAACACGUAUGCGGUGAGCUGGUUCAAGGGCAAGGAGUUAAACCUGGUGUUUGGGUUGCAGCUCAGCAUGGCCAGGAUUGGGAGCACGGUGAACAUGAAUAUUAUGGGAUGGAUCUACUCCAGAGUUCAGCAUCUCCUGGGCUGUGCUGGUCCCAGCACCCUCGGCCUGGCUCUGCUCAUAGGUGGAGUCACUUGUCUCUUCUCACUGAGCUGUGCUUUAGUCCUGGCUUACCUGGACAGGAGAGCAGAGAAGCUGCUUUGUAAGGAGCAGGGGAGAACAGGAGAAGUGAUCAAGCUGACGGAUGUGAAGGAUUUCUCCCUGUCCCUGUGGCUCAUCUUUGUCAUCUGUGUCUGUUACUACGCUGCCGUUUUCCCUUUCAUUGGCCUUGGCAAGGUUUUCUUUAUUGAAAAAUUCAGAUUUUCCCCUCAAGAAGCCAGUGCAAUUAACAGCAUCGUGUACAUCAUCUCGGCUCCCAUGUCGCCCGUGUUUGGCCUUCUGGUGGAUAAAGUUGGCAAGAACAUCAUCUGGGUGCUGUGUGCCGUGGUCACCACGCUGGCCUCGCACGUCAUGCUGGCCUUCACCUUCUGGAACCCCUGGAUAGCCAUGUGCCUGCUGGGUGUGGCCUAUUCCCUGCUGGCCUGUGCCCUCUGGCCCAUGGUGGCCUUCGUCGUCCCCGAGCACCAGCUGGGAACUGCCUAUGGCUUCAUGCAGUCCAUCCAGAACCUGGGCCUGGCAGUGAUUGCCAUAGCAGCUGGCAUGAUCCUGGACACCAGGGGCUACCUGUUCCUCGAGGUCUUCUUCAGUGCCUGUGUCUGCUUGUCCCUGAUAGCUGUGGUCAUGCUGUACUUUGUGAAUCACCUCACAGGUGGUGAUCUCAACUGGUCUGCAAAGAAAAGGGCAAAACUGCAGAAAGCAGCUGCUUCAGAAGCAGAAGAGCAGGAGAGGCUCAGACGGCAGAACGACGAUGAUUUGGCAAAAUUGCUGCCAAAAGCUGAUGCCUUUAGUUUAAGGAAUAAAUACCUGUCCAAACUUGGAGCUCAGCUCCCAGCUCAUUACUCCUCCUGUUUCUCCACGCUGGCCCACAGAAGUGUGUUGAAAUAGCAGCUUGGCCCUGUGGAAAAGCAGGAAUACGCUGAAUUUCCUGGGACGCAGAGCCCGGCACCAGCAGAUGCUCCGUGCUUUGCUGCAAGCCUAGAUCCUAGAUUUAAAAUGUUGCCUAAAACUCCUCCUUCCUGGGCAAGUCAGAGAUCCUGACGGGGACCUGUGGCUCUGGUGGAACCUCUGAGUACCUGCUCCAGCUCCUGUCCCAAGUACUCCGUGAGUAGCUGAGUCAGGGGCCGGGAUUUGAUCUCUGGCUGUGGAAUGGGAAAAAUUCAAUCAUCAGAUGGCUGGGAUGAGCCUGGAUGGAGGUGGGGCUUUUCCAGCCUCUCCUCUUGGACGCCUUCCUUGCUCUGCUUCGGUUUUUCUGGGAGAAAAAGGUGAGGAGAAGCUCCCAGGGGAACGUCUCAGAGGAAUCUCCAAUUCCAGAAGGACAAAACGUGCUCAGCCUCAGGAACUGAUGCCAGGUCAGGAGCAGCAACAGCCCCUCCAAGCCUGAAUAAUGUGAAAACCGAUUUAUCUUUAAGAGUCAGUGACUAAAAAGAGUUUGAAGCAAGACCUGGAUUUUGCUUCCAGAGGGAAAAGCCCUGAAUGCCCUGGUGGAACUCGUCCUUUUCCCAUCACUGCUGAACAGGGAGCUCUGCAGAGUGCUCUUUGCCGUGGUUUAGUCACUCCUGGAGGUAAUUGGAUAAAUUACCCCUGCAGUGAGCUGAUCUCGGUGUAAAGGAGGUCUGUGGAGCCGCAGGGAUGGGGAAUGUCCCUGGGAUGGCUCCAGGGGAUCCUGGUGUGCCACAGGAGGCUCAGGAGCCUUCGACCCGUGUUUGGCUGCAGAGAGAGGAGUCUGUUAGAGUCCAAACGUUGCAUUUGAUGUAGAAUAUUCUUAACUGAAUAGUUUUAAUUUCAGCAGAACUCAUGGCCUUAAAGCUCGGUUGUGAACCGGAUUUUUGCAGUGGAGAUUUCUUUGAUAUCCCUGGAGAAGCCCCAUCUUCCUGAAGGCCCUUUUGGGUGGAAGUUGUGUGUUCUGGAGGAUGAUGUGGGAACCUGGGAGCUCCCUGGGCUGUGCUGGUCUGUCCUGGUCCUUCCUGGGCUCCUCGGGACCAGCACUCGGCGCUGCCUCGCGUGGUUUCCUUGUAGGCUCCUGAAUUUGGGGUGCUUUUAAAUAAAACCUUUUGUUGGACGCUGGCACCUCCGGGUUUUGGUUGUUGAGGGUUCUGGUGUUGCCUUUGGGGGUUGUUGGGGUGUUCUUUUCCCUUUGAAGGGUGCAGAGUUUGGGGGAGGUUUCUCUCUGAGGAUCCAAAGGAAAAGCUGCCCCCACUGCUGGGUUGAUUAUUUAUUUUUUUUCUUGGGGAGGGAGAGAAUUAAAUUGAAUUUUGCUCUUCACCUUCUGCUUCUUUUGAGUUCUGGCACGUUUUGGUUGGAGAAGCUCCUCUGCUCUUCCCUCUAGGCUGGGAUUCCCUGCGUGAUCCAACCCUGCAGGAUCCUGCUCCCGUCCUGUCUUUUCCUUCCCCACACAUUUCUUCCCUAAGCUCCUGCUUCAUCCCCUCUGCCUUAGUGCUACACACAUUUUAUUCUGUGUCUAAGGUUCUGGACUGGUUUCUAAGAAUUGCACGUAGGGGAAAUUAAACCAAACAGACUUAUUCUGGAAAA